GUAUAUCCCUUCUUUGACCGAAUUAACCACACAAACCCUUUUCACUCUCUCUUCACCACUCAUCUCUUUUUCAAGGUAUUUUCACCCUCUAAUUCAUUUAGUUUUUAUUUAUUCAUCAAUCAUUCUUAUUUUAUUCUCAUUCUUUCGGCAAAAUUAGGUUUCCACUUCUCAAUUUUGUCUUCAAUUAGGGUUUCGAUUUUUUCCCAAUUCAUUGUUUUUGGGGUUUGAAUUUUCAACCCUUUUGACUCAUAGCGUAGAAUCCCAUUUUUUUAUGGCAUUUGAUUGUCCACAGAGUAUUAAGGUUUCUCAAAAUUUGGUAGAAAAUCCAGGUAUAAGCAUAGACAUAGUUGAAUUGAAUCCAAAACCCAAUUCCAAAGCAAUUUCAAUUUCAUUCCCUGAUUUUGUUACAAAUACCAAAUCUGAAUCUGGAAAAGGUGAGAUUUUUAAGGGGAAAUCCAAGCUGAAUUCUAAGAAAGGAAUCAAAGCAGCCUCUGCUGGUGCUUUGAAUCAAUCAUCAGUUCCUGGUGAUGUGGUUAUUGGUAAUUGUAGGUCAAUUACCGACCUGCCUCCGGUGUUGAUAUCUGAGAUUCUGAAUUGUCUUGAUCCCAAAGAACUUGGAAUUGUUUCAUGUGUGUCGUUGAUUCUGCGUAGUCUUGCUUCUGAGCAUCAUGCUUGGAAGGAAUUCUAUUGUGAAAGGUGGGGGCUUCCAGCAGUUCCUGAGGCUGUCCUGGAUUCGGAUUCUGGGGUUGGGGAUUCGGUUAAGGAUGAAAAGUCAUGGAAGGAUAUUUUCGUGGAAAGAGAUUAUAGGAGUAAGACUUUUAUGGGAAGGUAUAGUAUGGAUGUGUUGUAUGGACAUACUGAGGCGGUUCGGACUGUUUUCUUGUUGGCUUCUACAAAGCUUAUAUUUACAUCUGGGUAUGACACUGUUGUGAGGAUGUGGAACAUGGAAAGUGGGUUGUCGGUUGCAUCGUCUAAACCACUUGGCUGCACCAUUCGUGCGGUUGCAGCUGAUACAAGGCUGCUAGUUGCUGGUGGUACUGAUGGGUUCAUUCAUUGUUGGAGGGCUGUUGAAGGUUUGCCACAUCUGUUUGAGCUUAGAAACUCACAACAAAAUAAGAAUGAGGUUCGACUUUGGGGUCAUGAUGGUCCGGUUACUUCACUUGCUUUAGAUUUGACAAGGAUUUAUAGCGGCUCUUGGGACACGACUGUUCGUGUUUGGGACCGUCACUCGAUGAAAUGCACUGUCGUGUUGAGGCAUAGUGACUGGGUUUGGGGACUUGUCCCUCAUGAUACUACAGUUGUCAGCACAUCAGGUUCAAAUGUCUAUGUUUGGGAUACAAAUAGUGGUAAUUUGGCAACUGUUGUUCUAAAUGCUCAUGUUGGUAAUACUUAUGCUCUGGCAAGAAGCCAUACUGGGGAUUUCAUUUUUACUGGGGGUGAAGAUGGUUCAAUUCACAUGUACGAGAUUGUUGACGGUAGUUAUGUGACCGAAGCUCUGCAUGUUGCUACAUGGGAUCCCCACUCUGGUCCUGUGUAUUCCCUUGCCUUUGAGUUUCCUUGGCUUGUUUCUGCAUCAAGUGACGGCAAAUUGGCUCUAAUUGACGUGAGGAAGCUGCUGCGCAGGAGCAAGCGUGCCAUUGGAAAGAGAGCUACGAAGGCAAAGUAUUCGGGCGAAGUUAAUGUAGAGCCUCCACAGAGGAUGUUGCAUGGAUUUAAGAGUAAUCUUUUCUCUGUAGGUAUAGGAGCUGAUCGAAUUGUUUGCGGAGGUGAAGAAGGUGUCGUUAGGAUUUGGAAUUUCACAGAAGCUUUGGAAAUUGAAAGCAGAGUUCGUGCAUUGAGAGGAAUGCGAUUAGAGAACAGAAUGAGACGACGUAAGAACCAAACAGAGCUCAACAGUAAAGGCGGUAAGAGUGAUCAAUGUUCAGCUGCGGCCAAGAAGAGUUCAGUGACUUGUAUUUGGCCGAGUAAACGUGGGAUGGGUGGAAAGACGAAGGCAUAGUGAUCGAUGCCAUCAACUGCUUCUAAUCGCCAAUUAGCUCUGAGUCAGCUAUCCUUUUAUGUUUUUACAAAAUUGAUAUAUGAUCAACUGAAGUUUUAUUUUUUGUAUUGUGAUUUAAUGAUCGGUAUUAAUGGUAGCAAUGAGAUCAGACCAAUUUUAUUCAAUAUCUAUUGCGCAUGAAUUCCAAAUGGAAGUGUUUCUGCGUGAGAAUUGGUUUACACAAGGUAAUAGCCAGUUGGUAUUUAUGGUUUCUUAUUGA